CAAAUUUGAGCAACACAGUUCUUUGACCGCAAAGGUCAAAAAGAGUACAUGCUGAGUGAGAGCAGGAAGAGGACAUUUUUUGCUGCCAGAUUAUCUCAAUUAAGCAAAUAAUUGUCUCCGAUAUUUGGAGUGCUACCAUGAUCUCCCCACAAGGUAAAGUUAAAAAUAACAAACAAUAUAAUGAAAUACAAAAUUGGCACCAUCUGUAAGCGACCUCAGGCCCAGCCAAGGGUCCAUAUGUGUGACCUUGGAUGCCAACUAAAGCAAAACAGGGACUGGGAGACACCUCGUCCGUUGUCACACCCACGGCAGGGAUUGGAGGCUGUGUUCACUUACCAGAGGACCAGAAAUGACUAGCUCUUUAAGUACAACUCCUCCCAGUGCUGCCUGCAGUAAGACUUCCCUGAAAACUUUUCUCCUUCAAAUUACACAGAGGACUGGCAUAGGACCUCGCCAUCCAGAAGCAAGGAAGGCAGAGGAAAGGUGACCAUGGGGAAGAAGGUGGCCAUCGUUGGAGCUGGUGUCAGUGGCCUGGCUUCCAUCAGGAGCUGUCUGGAAGAGGGGCUGGAGCCCACCUGCUUUGAGAUGAGUGAUGACAUCGGGGGACUGUGGAAAUUUUCGGAGCAUGCCGAGGAUGGCAGAGCCAGCAUCUACCAGUCGGUCUUCACCAACUCUUCCAAAGAGAUGAUGUGCUUUCCAGAUUUCCCGUAUCCCGAUGACUUCCCCAACUUUAUGCACAACAGCAAGCUCCAAGAAUAUAUCACUGCGUUUGCCAGAGAAAAAAACCUUCUGAAAUACAUACAGUUUAAGACACUUGUAUCCAGCAUAAACAAACAGCCUGAUUUCUCUAAGACUGGCCAAUGGUGUAUUACCACCGAAAAGGAUGGCAGAAAGGAGUCAGCUGUUUUUGAUGCGGUAAUGAUUUGUUCUGGACACCAUGUGUAUCCCAAUCUACCCAAAGACUCCUUUCCAGGACUAAAGAAUUUUAAAGGCAAAUGCUUCCAUAGCAGAGACUAUAAGGAACCAGGAAUGUUCAAGGGGAAGCGUGUUCUGGUGAUUGGCUUAGGGAAUUCUGGCUGUGAUAUUGCCACGGAACUUAGCCACACAGCUGAAAAGGUCACUAUCAGUUCCAGAAGUGGCUCGUGGGUCAUGAGUCGUGUCUGGGAUGAUGGCUAUCCCUGGGACAUGGUGUUUAUCACACGAUUUCAAAACUUCCUGAAGAACAGCUUACCCACAGCCAUCUCCGACUGGUGGUACACGAGGCAAAUGAAUGCAAGAUUCAAGCACGAGAAUUACGGCCUGAUGCCUUUAAAUAGAACUCUGAGGAAGGAGCCUGUGUUCAAUGAUGAGCUCCCAGCUCGCAUUCUGUGUGGGACUGUGUCCAUCAAGCCCAAUGUGAAGGAGUUCACAGAGACCUCAGCCAUCUUUGAGGAUGGCACUGUGUUUGAAGCCAUUGAUUCUGUCAUCUUUGCAACAGGCUAUGGUUAUGCCUACCCCUUCCUUGAUGACUCCAUCAUCAAAAGUGCAAAUAACAAGGUCACCUUGUUUAAAGGCAUCUUCCCCCCUCUCCUGGAGAAGUCAACCCUGGCAGUAAUUGGCCUUGUCCAGUCGUUAGGGGCUGCCAUCCCCACAACUGACUUGCAGGCCCGCUGGGCAGCCAAGGUCGUAAAGGGAACUUGUACUUUACCUUCUGUGAAAGACAUGAUGAGUGACAUAGAAGAGAAAAUGGGGACAAAGCUGAAAUGGUUUGGCCAAAGUGAGACGAUUCAGACAGAUUACAUAACUUACAUGGACGAACUGGCUUCCUUCAUCGGGGUGAAGCCCAGCAUUCCAUGGCUGUUCCUCACAGAUCCCAAGUUGGCUCUGGAAGUUUUCUUUGGUCCUUGUAGCCCUUACCAGUUUAGGCUGGUGGGUCCCGGGAAAUGGCCAGGGGCCAGAAACGCCAUCCUGACACAGUGGGACCGGUCACUGAAACCCAUGAAGACACGAGCUGUGGGACAUCUUCAGAAGCCUUCAUUGUUUCCACACUGGCUCAAGCUCCUUACUGUGUGUAUAUUAUUAAUUGCUAUUUUCCUAGUGCUCUAAUCAUUAUGCAUCAUUUUCUAUAGGAUUUCUGAAUGUUACACAUGAAUACCAGCCAAAGCUAUGCUGUUUUGGCAUUAAGCUAUUCUUGCCUCCUAUUUUCCCAUUCAGAAUAUUAAUCAGUAAAAUCAUUAUUGCUAGAUUUUAAUCUAAGUCCAUGUAGAAUUGCUACCUGUAAAGCCAGCCUCUUAUCUGGGCAUUGGUUUGUGGUCCAGCUGCUUCAAUGUAGAUUCAGCACCUUGUAUUUGCAGCAGAAUGUGGGAUGCUUGGGCCCCUGCCAGUCACGUGGGAAACCUGGCAUAAGCUGUAAACUCCUGCCCUUGUCCUGGCUCAGUCCCUUUGCUGUGGUCAUCUGAGGCGUGAACCACAAGGUCACUCACUAUGUUUGUCUCUCCCUCUCUUCUGCAACUCUCCGAAAAAAAUAAAUAAAUCUUAAAAAAAAAAAAAAAAA